UCUAAUCUAAACAUGCAUUUGGUUUGGUGUUUUUUUUUAUACUUUGUUAGUGGUAUAUCAGCAAUUUUCGAAAAUGAAAUAACUCUGAAAUGCAAAGGAAAAAGUUUCAAAAAUGUAACACUAACGGCAUAUUAUCCUGAUUAUACUAACUCUGAUCAAGAGAACGGAUAUCAGGAUAUGAAGGGGAAAAAAUUAAGAACUUUACAGGAUUAUAUAGACAAUAGAGCUGACUUUGUAACGCUUGCAAUGGACAAAAAACUUUCUAUUCCAUAUGGAACAAGAGUAUGCAUACCUGAAUUGAACGAACAUUUUGGUCACCGAAUUCUUUUGGAAGUUCGCGAUACUUCUUAUGAGUUAACAGGUACUGGUUAUAAUCGGGCAGAUAUCUGUGUUAGAAGCGAAAUAGACAGUUACGAUAUAAAUGUGAAUAGAUUUGUAACAUUGGUUUUGGUUUAAAUGAUUAUAACAUAUCAAAUAAAAUAAUUUAGCUUAACCUACAAUUAUGAGUAACGUCUUUUAUUAUUGAAGAGCGAUCUUGAUUAUUUUUGAACAAGCUGAUGGAAUAUGUAAUAUUAAUAUGUCAAACUAAAAACACCUUGUAUAUAUCCAGUGAUUUGACAUUUGUUUCAUAGUUGAUAUUAUAAUUGAUACAACGCGGUGGAAUCUAAAGCUACAAACGUGGGCUUUUUGUUUUGAUAUUUUCAAAACAACUUUCUCAGUACAUUUUUAAUGAUUUCCAGAAAGGGUGUAAUUGAUUUGAUUUUUUAUAGAUUCAUAUGUAACGCUCGCCAAGGAAAUGAAAACUUUAACAUUUAUACGUAAUUCCAUACAGUUCCAGUGUCAGAAUCAGGUCUUAUGAAAACGAAUUCAGACGACCAUCACAAAAUUCAUCCUGUAGCAAAGUGCAACCACGUUUAAAUUUAGAAAAUCAGCGUAACACGGUGGCUCAAGAUGGUGCUUUAUCACAAAAAGUCGAAGCGAGUUCAUUGGUACAUAAACAAUUUUUUGACAAAGUUGAAUUUUUCAAGUAUCUGUAAACAACUCAAAUAGCACUCUUAUUACAACACGUUCUGAGUACGUCCAUCAUUAAAAAUGUCAAACUUUAUGAUGGCAAUGUUAGAUUUUACAUACUCAAAUCAAUGUUGUCAUACCUCAAAACUUAAAUACUACCUACAUCACCCAAAAAGUCAUAUUAUCGACACACAGAUGUCGCUGCCAUUGUCAAAUCCAAAUGACGUUUAUGAAGUACCAAUUUUCAAAAGACUAAAAAAGUGACAGCCAUUUAAGCGUGUCUUAAUUUAUCAUUGCUUCACGAUGAAAAAAAUACUCUACUAGCUCAGCAAUGGCCUCAAAAGUAUUAUCCGGAUUCUGCUCCAUCGAAGAGAAUUAUUUGUUAUUGGUUUGCUGAAUUUAAAUGUGGUCGUAUAAACAACGAUGAUGAUGAACGUUCUGGUUGUCUAAUUGAGGUGGUUACUCCAAAAAAAGUCAACAAAUUGGUUCAGAGCAGUGUUUGGCCAUGUUUACACGUAAUAAAUCAGAUUUUUUGCAUAAAUAUGCGACAAUGGAUAAUACAUGGAUCCAUCACUUCACUUCGGAAUAGAAACGAUCAUCAUCUGAGUGGACUAAAUCCGGUGAACUACGUCCAAAGUGUCCAAAAGCACAACAUUCAGCUGUGAAGAUUAUGGCUUCGGUAUUUUGGAAUGCGCAUUGAACAUCGACUAUCUCCAAAAGGGAAAGACAAUUUAUAUAUAAUACUACAUCGAGCUGUUAGAUCGUUUUAAUGCAAAAAUCAAGAAAAAUCGGCUUCAUAUAUCGAAGAAAAACCACUGUUUCACCAAGACAAUGCAUGCACCAAUUCACAAGUCGUUGGCAACGAUGAUUAAAUUGAACGAAUUACAGUUUGAAUUGCUCCCCCAUUCACCAUAUAGCCCCCAGUGACUAUUGGCUAUUCACUAAUCUCAAAAAAUGCUUGCUGAUAAGAAAUUUAGCUCAAAUGAAGAAGCAAUUACUGAAACUGAAGUCUAUUUGGGGGCUAAAUACAAAUACUUCUACAAGCACGGCAUCGAGCAGUUAGAG